GGAAGAGUACCCUAAUCAACGGGAUGGUGAAUUACGUGUAUGGAGUCAAGUAUGAAGACAAUUUCCGCCUGAAGAUGAUCAUGGAUGAAGAAGAUAAGAAGUCCCAAGCACACAGUCAGACCAAGUGGAUCACGGCAUACGUCCUACACAAGCAGCAUGGAUUCACAUUUCCUCAUACCUUGACGAUCAUUGAUACCCCAGGAUUUGGCGAUACUGAAGGCAUCAAAGCUGAUGAAGAAUUAAGGAACCAGAUAAGGGAGUUCUUCUCCAAUGGAGGCAACAUCGGUGUGGAUCAGCUUGAUGGAAUCUGUUUUGUUGUCCAGGCUUCCUUAGCUAGGCUGACACCCACACAAAAGUACAUCUUUGAUUCCAUAUUGUCGGUGUUUGGAAGAGAUGUUGAAGAUAACAUCUACGUGCUGACAACAUUUUCCGACAGUAAACAGCCGCCUGUCCUGGAAGCCAUCAAACAAGCAGAAAUCCCCUACCAAACCCUUUUCAAGUUUAAUAAUUCUGUUCUUUACGCUCGUAAUAAUGAGGAGGGAGAUGAUUUCGACAGGACCUACUGGGAAAUGGGCACCAAAAGCUUUCAAAGAUUCUUCAAAAGGUUUUUGAAGUCGAAACCAGUUAGCCUGACUCUGACAAAGGAAGUGUUGGAGGAACGGCGACGUUUGCAAGCAGCUCUUCAGGGCAUCCAACCACAAAUAAUUGCAGGUUUGGGGAGGCUGGAACAGCUUAGACAAGAACAUGCAGCAUUGAAACAACACGAAGCAGAGUUGGAAGCCAACAGGAACUUUAUUAUCAAAGUCAACGUACAGAAGCAGUCAAAAGUAGAUCUUGACCCUGGUGUGUAUGUGACGAAUUGCCUGACAUGCAACUAUUCCUGCCACUAUCCCUGCACGAUCCCAGAUGACAAGCUAAAAGACGACUGUUCUGCAAUGGGUAUCAACAUGGAGACCGGAAGAGUAACACAUUGUCUUGUCUGUCCCAAAAACUGUCCGCCACAUGAACAUGUCAACAACCCAUACCGUUUUGAUUUGUACGAGGAAGAAGAGACGAGGACUGCUGAAGAUUUAAAGAAAAAAUAUGAGAAAGCAGAGGGGAGGAGGUUGAACGCUCAAGGUGUGGUGAAGGCACUCAUCAAGGAUUUCAACCGGGAAAGAGUAAAAAUUCUGGACUUGACGAAGAAAGCACAUGCAUGUUUGCAGAAACUCGAUGAAAUAGCAUUGAAACCCGAUCCCUUGGGCGUUACCGAUUACCUUGACCUCUUGAUUGAAACCGAGAGAAGGGAGGGAAAGAUAGGUCACGUCCAGAGAAUAAAAUACCUGGAAGACACCCGAGCCAAGGCAGCUUUGUCUGAGAAGCUAAAGAAAGACUUCGACCCAUUCGAGGAAUAUAUGAAAGAGUUCGAGGAGGAGGGAUUCGACAUUUCCCUGUUCGAUCCGGAUACUGACACCGAUGAUGAUGAAGACGAGCCUUCCGCCGAAAAUGUUACAGCUGAUGAAGAUGAACCUAAGGAACCUCGCGGCGGUAUUUUGGAUUCGAUGUCAAGGUGGCUCGGAGGAAGCAAACCCAAAAAGCAUGGAACUGUAAAAUUAGUAUUUUCGUCCGACGAUUUCCUGAGACUUCAAAAGAAGGAGCAAUCACUCGCCAACUUACAGGCAGGUUUUGGGGACCCAGCUCCUUCAUGUGCAAUUGUCUUUCGUUCGUUUGCUGAGUUCAAGCGCUGGAGAAUGAGCUUUGAAGAUGAGCCUCGC